CCAAACCAAUCGAUACCGCCACCAAAAAGUACCACGAAUUAGCGAGAGAGGGGGCACCUCUGGUUCUGUUCUGAGCGCCGGCGAGACGGGAUGGAGAAGGGCAAAGGUUUAGCUCGGCGAUGGGCGGUGGAAUUCGCCGAAAGCUCUGCGUUAGCUUCCUCGUCCUCUUCUUCUUCUGGCAUCCCAGAUCCCCUCGGUUACAACAUAUCUCUUCAUGAUGUGGAUGAUUCGACGGUGGCCCGCCAGAAGAAGGACGCUGAGGCAGCAUGGAAAUCUCAGAAAGCCUGGGAGGUGGCUCAAGCUCCUUUCAAGAAUCUAAUGAUGAUGGGCUUCAUGAUGUGGAUGGCUGGAAGCACGGUUCAUUUGUUUAGUAUUGGAAUCACAUUCUCCGCUCUUUGGCAGCCACUAAGCGCACUUCAAGGUGUUGGAAAGGUUUUUGAACCUUACAAGGACUCAAGGGUAGAUACUAUAGCCCCCAAGUUACUCUUUAUUGCACUCAAUCUAGCUGGACUGGGUUUGGGUGUAUGGAAAUUGAACACUUUAGGCCUUCUGCCCACUCAUCCUUCAGAUUGGGUUUCAUCUCUAGCUCCAGCCCCGGAGGCUGAGUAUUCUGGUGGUGGCCUUCUUUUCAAUUGACGCCCUGCUUCUUCUACAAUUUGCAUUGUUAAAUUAUUAUUAAUUUAAAAUAUUUAUAAUUUACUAUAUUCGGACCCACCUGUGAUGGUUCAAAAUUGGAUCCAUCAUUUUGAGAAACAUAAGAGUAAGUGAUUAAUGUGCCAGAUGAUUUAAUGCUUGCUAUGUUUA